UAGCAAUGAUCUCAGACACUCCGGAUGAGGAUCAUAGCAGACCGAGAAUCCAAAAAAUAAAAACGAAAUCGAAACAAAUCAGGAAAGAAAAAAAAAGGUUCGGGGCGGUGGAGAGGGAAGACGCGCGAGAGAGGAAAAUGAAAUGAUUGCAGUGCCGCAGGAGCAGCAGCAGAUCAUACACGAAAGGUGGAGGAGGCUGGGGGCGCACAGCAAACGCAGGCCCCAGACUAAGCCUAAUUAUUCUCUGCAGCGGCUGGGCGGGUUGGUGUUUCUGGACCACGCCGGCACCCUUUUGUCUCGACGAGAAGCAGGUCGAGUCGGUCGACUGCGGGAUCUGGGAGAUGGCGGGGAGGGAAGGGGGAAAGAAAUACAAGACGUCGAGCCCAAAGGGAGAGGGGGGGGGGGAAGAGAGCCAAAGCACCGAAAACGAAGGGAACGAGAGCAGACGAAUGAAUAUGAGGCCGAGGGCGAGGGAAGGGGGGAGGGAAAAGGAAAUAAAAACCGAGCACAGGGAGCGAGAUAUACCAGCGUUAGGACAUUAAUUUUUCUUUUUUGGUAUCGUCCCCCCCUUGUUGGUUUGGCAGGGUCGGGAAAGGGAAGUAAUUGGCAGGCAGGCAAAGUACGGCAGCUGAAGGGGAAGACGAUGGAAGAGAGGGGGGAUUUUCAGACGAAGCUCUGAACCACGGCCAGCGAAUCACUGGGUGACGGAUGGGCCGAGGAGGGGAAGGUUGGGAGCGAGGAUUUGGGUCGAGAGGGGAAGAGCCGGUGGAAGUACUGGCUUGACCGACAGGAAGGAAGGAGGGGGUCACCGGCCGCCGUUCCAGCUUUUCCCGCCGACUGCGAGGCUGGUUUGGCAGGCCUUGACAGGUGCAAAUUCCAGCCAAUUUAUGGGGAAUAAGACAUUUCCAGAA